AGUCUUCUCUCCCUCUCUCCACUGCUGUAGCUGGACCCUUUGCCUUCACCGCCUCUGAGAGCUGCACAUCCCAGCAUGGCUAAAACAGCAAUGGCUUACAAGGAAAAGAUGAAGGAGCUGUCCAUGCUCUCGCUGAUCUGCUCCUGUUUUUACCCGGAACCCCGCAACAUGAACAUCUAUAAAUAUGAUGACAUGGAAGUGAAACAAAUCAACAAACGUGCCUCAGGCCAGGCCUUUGAACUGAUCCUAAAGCCGCCAUCUCCAGUCUCAGAAGCACCACGAACUUUAGCUUCUCCAAAGAAGAAAGAACUGUCUCUUGAGGAGAUCCAGAAAAAGCUGGAGGCUGCAGAGGAGAGGAGAAAGUCCCAGGAGGCCCAGGUGCUGAAACAUCUGGCAGAGAAGAGAGAACAUGAGCGAGAAGUGCUUCAAAAAGCUUUGGAGGAGAACAAUAACUUUAGCAAAAUGGCAGAGGAAAAGCUGAUACUGAAAAUGGAACAGAUCAAAGAAAACCGUGAAGCUAAUUUAGCUGCUCUUAUUGAACGCCUCCAAGAGAAGGAGAGGCAUGCUGCAGAGGUCCGUAGAAACAAGGAGCUCCAGGUGGAACUGUCUGGCUGAAAACAGCAAUGGUGGAUGUGACCCAUCCCCACCAUUAGUAAACUCCCCCUGCCUAUAUUAUUAUGGAUCAUGCGAUAUAAGUAUGGGAAAUGUAUGACGUGGUUUAAAAAAAAGGUAAAAAUCAUGAACUCAAUAAAAAACUUUAAAAGGAAACAAAAAAAUAAAAACAAAAACAAUGCGG